UUAUAGAAGUAAAAUAAGUGAAAGUGUGCAACUCCAAUAAAAUAUCAGGCAAAGCCAACCGUAUCUAGCUAACAGGAGCCAACCGUUUGACGGCGUAGCGUGGCGGACUCCGGUAUGGGAUUGGUCACCACCACCGUUCAUAUGAACCUCAUCGUUCCUCAAUUCGGGCCGCUCCGAAACCACUCCACCUCCAUUCGGGUCAGCACCUCCGCCCGGAACAGAAGGAGCAGUUUAGCUGGAUUUGUUUGCUUCGCCGCCGCUGAUGACGACGCCAGACAGAACCAGCAACCGUUGAGCACCACCGCAACUGGACCCGCCUCCGCCCUUGAAGAAAGACCUGCUACUGAUCUGCUUAAUAGUACCACUGAAGAAACACUGGGAAAUUUGGAGCAAGAUGGUGAAAAAGGUGCUCUCUAUGAUUUUCUAUAUCCUAGUAAAGAGCUUCUUCCUGAUGAUAAAGAAAUGAGCAUAUUUGAUCAUCUUGAAGAGCUGCGACAGAGAAUAUUUGUAUCAGUUCUAGUAGUUGGAGCAAGCAUUUUGGGAUGCUUUGCAUAUUCCAAAGAACUGGUAAAGCUUCUUGAAGCUCCAGUUAAAUCAGAGGGUGUAAAGUUUCUUCAGCUAGCUCCUGGCGAAUUCUUCUUCACAACUUUAAAGGUGUCUGGAUACUCUGGCAUCCUAUUGGGAAGUCCCAUCAUCCUCUACGAAAUCAUAGCCUUUGUGCUUCCAGGUCUAACAAAAUCUGAAAGAAGGUUUCUAGGGCCGAUUGUUUUAGGCUCAUCGGUUCUUUUCUAUGCCGGGAUAGCCUUCUCCUACUUAGUUCUGACACCUGCAGCAUUAAACUUUUUUGUUGAUUACGCCGAAGGUGCUGUUGAAUCAUUGUGGUCCAUAGAUCAAUACUUUGAGUUUGUUCUGGUGCUCAUGUUCAGUACAGGCUUGUCUUUUCAGGUACCUGUUAUACAAUUUCUAUUAGGACAAGUUGGAUUGGUGUCUGGAGACCAGAUGCUAUCAGUUUGGAGGUAUGUGGUGGUUGGCGCAGUAGUGGCAGCUGCGAUAGUUACACCAUCCACCGAUCCUCUCACUCAAGUUCUUCUAGCAGGACCCUUGUUAGGUCUUUACCUAGGGGGUGCAUGGGCAGUCAAGCUUACAGGACGGUGACUUUAGUCCCACAAUAUGUGCUACAAUGUUUCAGUUUGAACAGAUGUUAAUGUACAUUCACACAUAUAAUGUAUAUUUUACUAGUGCCAGAGCAUUACACUUCCUAUAUUUUGAUUUGUUUAGUCA